UGCGUUAUAUAUAUGCGCAUAUGCCUGCGUACAAAAAUAUUUAUAAGCACUUUUUCAUGUUGGAAACCCCGCUCAACAUUAUUUUUUUUAUUUUUUUAUUUUUCUCCCUUUGUAAAAAUCACGUUGCUUUUAACCCUUCGCUGAAUUUGCGCCCUCCGAAAUAUGAGCGAACGCCAACUUGUUUUUUUUUUAACCCAAGUGUUAACAAACAACUGACAGAAAAGGAAAAAAAAUUGCGCCACUGGAUUGUGAGGUCACCGCUUCCGGCUUCGCGAAAUAUAAGAAAAAAAAAAGUACCUACAUAAACUGUCGCUCGUGCGAGUGUACCUACAUAAACUGCCACUCGUGAGAGUGUACGUACAUAAAUUUUCAUUACCUCCCCUGGGCGAACUGCAUAAGGCUGCUUCCUACCGGCGUACGCACUGCCCCUGACGCCAGAAUACGCCGCUGCGCUGCUGAUAACGUUAGCCAUCGCUUCGCAGGGCUGCAGCGCACUUGCUUGGCCGCUUCCCCCCCCAACUUAUCGAUUGACGAACGAGCGUAGAAGAGCCCCAUGGAGUCUCCCCAAGUGGCCGAGCUGAACGAAGACAUCGUGGAGCUGAACAAGUUGCUGGCCCAGGCAGUGCGAGAAAAUGUGAAAGAAAAAAUAAAAAAAUGUAUAGAAAACACAACAGUAGAAAUAGCAAAACUGAAGCUGGAAGAAAGUCAAACGCCAAACAAAAUAACGGAAAAAAAUACCCCCCUAAAUGAUAGCAACAUUUCGUAUAACUCUGUCCAAUCCUUCGCAUGGAAUCAGGAGGGAAAUAAAGUUACCGUUUUUUUGACCGUAAAAGAUAUACACACCAUUGAUAAGGAGAAAAUCUCCGCAGAAUUUAACGAAAGAAAUUUUGAAGUUAAAAUGCACCAGGUGAACAAAAAAAAUUAUCGUUUCUGUGUAAAAAAAUUACAUGAAAAAAUUGUGCCAGGCAAAUGCUCUUUUAAAGUUAAGAAAGACGCUCUCCAUGUGUACUUAAUAAAACAGGACCAGAAGUAUUGGGACAAUUUGCAUUUCAAGGAGUCCCCCAUGUCAAAAAUUCGAGCGCCCAAAAUGGACGAGCAGGCCGAACCCUCCACCAUGCUCAUGAACAUGAUGAAGCAGCUGUACCAGGAGGGGGACAGCGACAUGAAGAGGACCAUCGCAAAGGCUUGGUGCGAGGCCAACGAGAAGAAGUCCGAUUUUUCCGUCCCCAAUUUUUGAGGCGCUCAGGAGGGGCAGCGGAGUGAAGGCAGACAUGUAGUGGGGUAUGGAAGUAACCGCAAGUUAGGCAACAACUGUAGGGAAAAAAACUCCCCCUUUCUGGAAACCCACUCGUUCAUCUUUUUAAUUAUCCCCCCAGAUAGGCAACCAUUGCCCAAUUUUUUUUUUUUUUUUUUAUCCCCUGUUUACGUUUUUUUAAAUCUCCUUUCUGUUUUUUCACCCCUCCCCAUGCCCGUGCGGAUUUGCCAAAAUCCCCGCGUUUGCUUUUGCUCCCGUUUUUUAACGCAAAGCAGGCGCAAAAGCACGGCGAGCGAACGCAAACGCGAACGCGGAAGCGAAAAUGUACAUCACAUGUGCCCACCGUAUACCAUAAAUAGCGAAAUAAAUUUGUAACCACUUUUUCCGCAUAACUGUACGUGCAUGUGGCACCGUCCUGUAAGGCAAAAGAAACGCAGUAAAGUUGUUCGCACUGUGCCCACUUCGUGAUGAAAGGAGUGAUUUUUUUUUUU